GAACCUAAGGUAGAAAGGAGAACCAAGUCAGCCAAGCCACGCCCCAAGUCAAGAGUAAUAGAAGAUCCAUACAGAGGCCCCAAGACCAGUCGAAGUGACCCCAAGUACACAUUUCAUAAUGAAGAUGUGCCUCUAGGCUUGAGUAGCAACAAGACGUCUUACACCAUAUCAAGUGGUGAUGUAUCCUUGGCCGUUGACUUACCUACCAGCAAUUUUACAGACCAGCCUCCCAACACUGACACAGAUGACACUUGUCAGAAACCAAGCCAGGAAAAUGGGAGAAAGGGAAAUGGACUUUCAGAAGCUAUUCAACGGCGACCUCCCUCGCCUAGAUUACGAGAGCCACCUCUGACAGACCACAGGACUCUUCAAUCAGAGACUGCUAGCACUGCACAACUAGAUUAUAGUGGUCCUCGAUUGUAUGUGAAGCCAACCAGCAAAUCAAAUCGUCAUAUCAUCACAAAUGCAAUUGCACAUUGCAUCCUGGCUGGAGUAGUCAAUAAAGACCAGAAAGAAAAAGUUUUGCAGGAGGUUGCCAAGUCCGAUGCCAAACACUUCCUGAUUCUGUUCCGUGAUCAUGGACUUCAGUUCCGUGCUUUAUACUCCUUCUCACCUGACACUGAGGAAAUAUACAAAUUGUAUGGGGUCGGUCCCAGGCACAUCAGUCCCAAAAUGAUAUGUGGCCUUUAUAAGUAUAACUCUGGUGGGAAGCAGUUUGCUAAGAUACCCUCAAAAACCAUGUCAGUAUCGGUAGAUGGUGUAACAAUCGAGAACCGCUUCUGGCAGAGUAAAAAGUCUGUAACAAAAAAACACUGAGAGUACAAGAUAGACCAUGAGUUUCAUGAUGAAUAUCCUUAUUGAGGUUUGCUACAGAUCGAUGGGAAAGAUUAUAGGAAUGGAUGAUAGGAAUGACUCCAUUAGGAAUUUGAGGACAGAUGCUUUAUUAAUGCCUUUGUAUUAGUGUACCAUCACACAAUACUAUAAACAGCUUCAACCAGGGAUUUUUUUUCAGGACCAGGACCAAGGCUCUAGGUCGGCCCUUGGUUCGACCCCAUCUCCCCUAUUGGACAUGUCUGACCGCUGCAGUCUUCGCCAGGAAAGGAACUCUCGCCCUGGCGGUUUAUGGAAGAACCAGAAAGCAGCGAUCAGAAAAUAAAUACCAUAUGUUUGUUCGUGUUUCAUUACAUUUGAUGAGAAUGAUGUUCAUUAUGGUCACACCCUCUAUGCCUUGGCAUAUUAGCAACAGCCAAGAAAAAGACUGGCAGCCAAUGUGUUAAGAAGCACUUGUAUACAUUCGCCUCCAAAUAGGUCAUGCUAGAGCUCCAUCUCAUAACUAUAAUUAUUGAUACAGCGCUUUAGUAUUCUUUAAAAUUACUAUAUGGCUGUGAGUUUUUAGCUGGCAAAUUGUAGCGGCAAAUACAGUACACUUAACAUUAUCAAUGCAGACCAGCAUUCUUGUAUCUAUGAUUUUAUUUCUCAAAGUGCAGUUAUCCAAAAAAAUUGGUUGUGCAUUAUUUACAAUCUCAUACAGGUUGUGUGUAGUAAACAGAUUUAAUGUUUUGUGAUAUCAUGUGAAGGUAUCUUAUGGUAAAAAUGCUUGCACACUUAUGAGGACCAAAAUUUAACACAAAAAAUAUUUAUAUAUUAACUGUGUUGUUAUAUGAUUAGAUUAAGCCCAUCUUUAAUAAAUUAAUGAUAUUGAAUUUUGAUUGCGAUUCAAUACAGUA